GUGCAAGCAAAGCAAGCGUUGGGUUUUCGAGUUACGGGUAGGGAGGGAGCUGCCUCUGGAAUGCGAAGCGUAUUAAUGGCUUCGCUUUCAAUUGGCUGAUCGGUUUCAUGCUUCCAAGUCCAGGCCAAUCACUCGUUGAAUCCGAACCCCAUCAAUCGACUAAACGAUGGAGCGAUUUCAGAAGGUGAAGUGAGGGAGGUGAGCUGCUCUUAGCAAUUCCGAGGGACCCAAACGAUGCCCGCCAACUGUUUGCGCAAAUGUCUACCUGACUUUAGUUAGCCAAAACAGUGCAGAUAUCUCAGGAGUUAAGCUUGCUUUUUUGCCAAAGCAAUGUGGCGCAGACGAAUCCAGAACUCUUUCGGUCUUGGUCUAUAUGUGAGGAUUACUGGAGAGACUGCGGCUAACUUGAUUGGCGAGGACAAUAAGAAGCUUCUAUCUUGUGCAUACUCAAGUACGUCGAUAAGCGUAGACCUACCUAGAAAGCUUACAAAGCAAGAUCGGAAGCCAAUGGUGACUAGUGUUAACAAACUGAAGCGAGAAGCUCGGUUGGUGAAGACGCACAGGCAGACAGUACAGGAGAUUGCUUUGAAGGCUCCCGAUAACGGAUUGUUGGUUAAGGAAUUGGUUCCAGUUGCUCAUGAAGUAUAUAAUUCCAGGACUGAACUAUUCACUUGUGUGUCAGCAGUUGCUAAAAGCAUCCCUAUUUAUACAUGCAGCUUGUGCGGAGAAGUUCAUAUUGGUAGUCCACCACACCGGAUUAAAACUUGCAACGCUGGGGCUCUGUCAUACAAAGAGCAUAGUUGGAAACGCGGGGGCAUGAAACACAUCUUGCCUGUCGUUGAAUCUUUCCAUUUAUACGAUUGGGUUGGGAGGGCCGUUUCACACAACGAGCGGCUUCAAGUUGAUCGGAUCCCAGCAAUUGUCGAAUUAUGUGUUCAAGCUGGCAUUGACAUUCCAGAAUACCCCACGAGGAGGAGAAAAUUUCCUGUCUACAAUGUUGCAGGUAGGAUCGUCGAUUAUGAGCGUAGGUUUCCCAAAGAUGAUUUACGUGGGCAAGGCAUCAACACACAUGGGUUUUGGAGCAGAAGGCAGCCAAGCAGAGAAAACUUGCCAGACUUCAAACCUGAUGACAUUCAAGGUGUUGCUUCGCGAGGCUUGGAAGCCUGGGAGAAGAUGUGUUCAGGAGCAGCGAGACUGAUGGAGAAGUACUCUGUCCAAACUUGCGGAUAUUGUUCGGAGGUGCAAGUCGGGCCCAGGGGCCACAGAGUAAGGAACUGCUACGCUCACAAGCACCAGAUGAGGGAUGGGCAGCAUGCUUGGCAGGAGGCAACGGUUGGGGAUAUGGUCCCUCCAGUUUAUGUGUGGCAUGUCAGAGACAGGCAUGGGGGCGAGCCGCUGGUAAAUGGUCUAAAGAGGUAUUACGGGAUGUUGCCUGCAGUUGUGGAACUUUGUGCACAGGCCGGGGCACGGAUAGGAGAGAAAUACGCUGGUGUAAUGCGAGAAGACGUAGCUGUGCCUGACUUGGAUGAAGAAAGACUGGUCGUUUGAAGACAUUGAUGUUUAUUUAUGAGCUUCGGGCAGGAACUGUGUUUGGAAUGGGAAGGGGUGUGAGUCCGCUGAUCCGAGAAUUGCCAUUGGUUAUAUAUUGGAAUGAGUCUUGUUCACUGAAGCGAAUGGUGUAAUGGGAUGUGAAGUGGGAACGAAGGUACUAAUGUUCCAUUGAUGAGAUUGGACGAAGGAUCUCAAACUUGCAUAGCGUCCCUGGUUUAUUUAUCACUCUGGGAAACAUGGAAGGCUGAGGUAGACGACGGGCCUUUCAAUGGCCAUGAUAAAGCUAGACUCGAAGACAGUUAUUUCAGUUACAGCUUUCACUACA